UACAAUACAAACUACAUACUACUAUUGUGUAACACAAGAAAAUUUAUGUAAGUGUAUAUAUUUUACACACAUUCCAUAAGAACAUAACAUCUCUCUCCCUUCUUUCACUCUGUAAAUACACUGACAAAAACACACACACACACACAUAUAAAUGGCCCGUUCAACACUCCAUAAUAUAAUCACCGUCCUCAUAAUUACACUGUCACCUUUCCUCGACGUUACACAUUCCACUUCAGACACUGUAAUCUACGGUGGUUGCUCCAAGAUAAAGUACACUCCGGGCUCCCCUUACGAGUCAAAUCUCGACUCACUCCUCACCUCCCUGGCCAGCUCAGCCACAUCCUCAUCCUACAACAAAUACACCAUCACAGGCCCAAGCCCACAGGACGUAGUCUCCGGCCUCUUCCAGUGCAGAGGUGACCUGGCCCAGCCCGACUGCGCCACCUGUGUGGCCCACUCAGUGAGUCAACUCGGUUCCCUCUGCCCACAAACAUGCGGCGGGGCUGCACAGCUAGACGGGUGUUUCGUCAAGUACGAUAACACCACCUUUAUCGGUGUGCAAGACAAGAGUUUGGUGAUGAAGAAAUGUGCGUCGUCGGUUGGAUAUGAUGCUAAUUUAAUGGACGGUCGAGAUGCGGUUCUGGCGAGUGUAGGUGGGGCCACCGGAUCGUAUAGGGUGGGUGGGUCCGGGAACACGCAGGGGAUGAGUCAGUGUGUGGAGGAUUUGAGUGCGAGUGAGUGCCAAGAUUGCGUGAUGGAGGCGAUCGGACGGCUGAAAAGUGAUUGUGAGGGUGCAGUUUCUGGAGAAAUGUUUUUGGCCAAGUGUUACGCCAAGUAUUCAUCUACAACUGGAGAUCAUGCUUUUAAACCUGACCAGGAAAUUAAUGAUUCAGGGAAUUCUAAUCAAGCCGAAUCCGGGAAUUCUGAUGAAGAUCAUUCGGAAGGUGAGCAAACAUUUGCGAUAAUAAUUGGAAUAUUAGCUGGGGUGGUUCUCCUCGUAAUCUUCCUAACUUUCCUGGGAAGGGUGUUGGGAGGCAAUGCCGGAGAAGGAGAUUGUGGACAUAAGCUGGAAAGGUGUUCUGAUCUGAAAGCUUAGAUGAAGUGAGGGAGAUUGAUUCCCUUCUCGUUUACAGUUUGAAAUAAUCUUUUACGGUUCGAAAUAAUUGUAAGUAGUAGCCACUGUUCUAUGACAUGGUUUAAGACUAUCAAAAUGACAAAUGUGAAUUUAGAAUGACUUUUUAAUAUGUUGUAUUGGUUUUGUUUCCUUGCAUAUAGUAAUGGAUUGGGUUAGGUUGAUCAAAA